UUGAGGAACACUGACAGUUUUUCUAUGCCUAGUCCUAACACCCUUUCAAGGCUUUGUAGUAAACUCUCAACAAAUCCUGUCAUUGAGCAACAGGGUCAUCAGUUUAUGAGCUACAUCACAAAUAAAGUAGGUACUUUAUCCUCAGAUGAUAAAACUGUGCUCCUGUUGAUGGAUGAAAUUCAUCUGAAGUCUCAGCUUGAUUACAAAGCUGGAAAUGUUGUAGGAUGUACCUUUAACACUGAAAAAUUUUUGUGUGCAACCAGCGCCUAUGUUUUUAUGGUUCAGAGCAUGGAAUCACCUUACAAGGAUGUGGUAUCUAUUCUGCCAGUUCAUACUAUUCAGGGUGAUGUUCUGUUCUCUUACAUUAAAGCAGUCAUUGUUAAAUUAGAAGCAGUUGGAUUUGAGGUGGUUGGUAUAGUAGCAGACAAUAAUGCAAUUAAUAAGAAAGCAAUGUCUAAGUUUUCUACUCCUCCAGAUGUGAAAAUAAAGUAUGAUCACCCUGUACAGUCUUCUCCAAAUCGCCCAUUGUAUUAUUUUGUGGACACUGUCCAUAUUUUGAAGUGUAUCCGCAAUAACUGGUUUAACCAAAAGGAGCAGAUCUUGUGUUUUCCUGACUUCAGUGACAGUUUGAAGGGAGGUUUGUCUUCUGUUGGAGCACUGAAAGAAUUGCACUUGAUAGAAAAAGAUGAACUAUUGCAAUAUGGCAGUUCCUUAACUUUGAAGUCUCUAUUUCCUAACUCAAUUGAGCGCCAAAAUGUCAAGUUAGUGUUGCGUAUUUUCAGUGAUACGACAGUUGUUGCUUUGGACACAUUUGGUUCAAAGAAAGCAAUUAGCAACUGGGAAAGUACUGCAACAUUCAUAAAAAUAAUAAAUCGUUGGUGGGAUAUUGUAAAUGUAAAAACAUUACUCAAGGGACAGAGGUUAAGAAAUAUUUUCCAAGAACCUGUGACUAGUAAAUCCCAUCACAUACAAGAAUUCUUACAGUGCUUCAUCUCAUGGUUAUGUUCUUGGGAAGAGUGUAGUGAUGAAAGAAAACUUACUCGAGAGACACAUAGCGCUUUGAAACACACAACUGCUGCUUUGAUAGACUUCAGUGACUACUGGCUUUCUGAGAAAAACAGAUCACAUUUGCUGUUAGGAAAAGUACAGACAGACAGUUUAGAAGACAGGUUCGGCAAAUACCGCCAGCUAUGUGGGGGAAAUUAUCAUGUUUCUCUAAGACAAGUUUUUGAAACUGAACAAAAACUAAGGGCACAGUCUAUGUUUUCCCUUGUGCUUCGGUCGAAAGUAGUUGGGGAUGUUGUUAUUAAGACCACUGAUAUUUUUUCUACUCAUACUCAAAUUCAGGGAUUAAAAGAAACAUCAAUACCAGAAUUUUUAAAUGUAGCAGUAGAUGAAAAUGAUGUUGAUGGAAUAGAUGAGAAUACUUGGCCACUGUUGCAUUACAUAGCAGGUUACUGCUCACACCAAGCUAUUAAAAAAAACCAUUGUGAAUAUUGUAAGGUAUUCCUUACUACAGAUGAAAUGAAGCAGGGUGGUGAUGAUUUGAUUAUGGUAAAAGACAGAGGAGGGUUGACAUAUCCUGCAGAUGAUGUAGUAGUGUGUGUGACAUAUGUCUAUUUAACUCUACAGAAAAUUCUGAAAGACCAGGAAAUUUUAUUUUUAGAACAGGCAAAUCAGAGAAAUGUACUUGUGAAGGUAGCAUCCCACAACAUUCCCAGCAAUCUUUUUUAUGGGUUUCACUGUAAAAAUAAACACUCAAUUGAUUCAGUCAUGAAUUGCAUACUGUUUUGCUGUGCAAAUAUUUUGCUAAACAAUUACACCAAGAGGAGAAAUGAUGUAACUACUGUUAAAAAUGUAACUGUGUACAAAAGAUUGAAAAAAUGUUAAAUUAUACUGUUUGGGGCUUGGGAAGAUGAUGUGAAAUAAAUGUUUAUUUCUA